ACGACACGCCCCCUGACAUAACUUCCUGCAUUAACAUACUUAUUUUAACCUAACUCAUGGCCUUUUCCUGAAACCUUACAGAUUUAUCUUUGUGCUUAAAUCAACCCGAGCAGUUCUGGUGUGUAAAACCGCGCCAAACUGUGCCCGUUUCGAGGCUGUAUCAUAUAGUGGGCGUGUCCUGUGGUUCUGGGAGUCCGCAGAUAGACCCACUUCGGAGGGAAACAUGACAGCGUGACGUCUCAACAACAGCCUCCCCGAAUGUCCAAGAGUCCCCAUGGAUGACCUGACCAAAGCCCUCUCGGCCAGCUUCGCUGUGUCCAAAGAGCCCAACAGUACAGCCGCCCCCCACCCUCGGCUGGCACAGUACAAGAGCAAAUACAGCGUGCUGGAGCAGAGCGAGCGACGCCGGCGCUUUCUUGACCUGCAGAAAAGUAAAAGGUUAAACUACGUCAACCAUGCGCGGCGUCUGGCUGAUGGGGACUGGACGGGGGCAGACAGCGAUGGAGAGGAUGACAUGGAGAAACAAGAGGAGGGGGAACGGGGGCAAGACGACGCCACAGAGGAGGAAGAGGGGAUGGAGGUUGAGAGGAGGAAGCUGCCAAAACAUUACGCAAACCAGAUCAUGCUGUCAGAGUGGCUGGUGGAUGUGCCAUCAGAGCUGGACACUGAUUGGCUAAUGGUGGUCUGUCCUGUGGGGAAAAGAUCUCUCAUUGUUGCCUCCAAGGGUUCCACUGCAGCGUACACUAAAAGCGGCUACUGUGUGAACCGUUUCCCCUCCCUGCUGCCCGGUGGGAACCGACACAACUCAGCCAUGGGAAAAGACUACACAAUCCUGGACUGCAUUUACAGCGAGGUGGACAGAACAUACUAUAUCCUGGAUGUUAUGUGCUGGAGAGGCCACCCGGUCUACGACUGCCCGACCGAGUUCCGUUUCUACUGGCUCCAUUCCAAAGUUCAGGAGGCGGACGGCCUUUCAGAGAUCGCCAAACGCAACCCUUUCCGGUUUGUCAGCCUCCAAAGCACUGACUGCACAGUGGAGUCGAUUCAGAAAGCCCUGGCAGCUGAGUACAGCUUCGGCGUGGAUGGACUUCUCUUCUACCACAAGCAGACCCACUACACCCCGGGCAGCACCCCUCUGGUGGGCUGGCUUCGCCCCUACAUGGUCACCGACAUCCUGGGCAUAGAGGUUCCCGAAGGAGCCCUCACCACCAAGCCUGAAUACGCUAGCCACCAGCUGCAGCAGAUCCUGGAACACAAGAAAACAUCUACUGAAGUCCGGCCGGCCAACAGAAGCGGAGGCUACGAGCUAGAGUACCUGUCCACCCCGAACCAGGACAGCGGGGACACUGUGAACUUUUUGAAUCAAAAGCCAAUAUGUGAGGCACACAUGGAGCUCUGAGUGGGAGGCUUAACGAGAUGCAAAUUGCUAACUCAAGCCUUCUGAGUGGUGGUGGCCCACAUAUAGCUCUAUAGAAUGUCUGCUGAAUGGUUUUGCAGAUCUGACCAAUUGCAAAGCAUGGCUAAUUCUAAUCCGGCACUGCACAGGACGCCCUCAGAGUGCAGAUUAGUAGAGCUGUGCUACCUGCGUAUGUGUUUUUAUAUGGCUAAAAAAAGUCUGCCUUUGACAUCUUUACCUAUACCUGCCACAGAACUCCGAAACUGAUUAGUUUCCUUGAGAGUAAUUGCACACUAUUUAGCCACUAUAAUUACUUAGUCACCGUCUUUUUGUAAAUCCCUUUCACCACAUUGCAGACAGUCACAUAAGAUCAAAAACGAGGACAAGAGGUUUUCUUAUGAGAUCUGCUGCAAAGUGCCGCACAGUAAGUGUUGUGGUCAGGUUGUCACUUUGCUGCUCUGCACAUCUUGCAGUUCUCGCAUAAGAAACAUAUCGAGUGUUGUCAUCCACGAUCACUGAUGCUUAAUUAAUUUUUUAGCAGAUCAUCAACUUGAGCAACAGUAACGGAGAAUCUGUAGGAUGUCGACUGUUUUGGAAGUUGAAGUGUUGCUGACCGCCCUGUGGGUUGUUAUCGUCCUGAUCAGCAGCAGUGACAUGGACUUUUACAAUUUAAUAUUAAAUUUAGAAUAGCUUAGAGAUGUUUUUAAAGUGUAUGUAUCUAAAUAAAUUGGGUUUUUUUAAUUGGC